AUGACUCGACGUGAGAUCCCCGCUACUAUCAAUCUAAGUACGUUCAACGAUGUCACUAUAGAAAACCUUGUCUCUCUACAAACGAAAAUAAAGAAUACCAUAAGCCGCGCCAGUUUUAUCGCCUUAGAUGCUGAAUUUACUGGGUUGGGUGGUCGACAUGCUGAUACAAAGGCAUUUAAUCUUGAGGACAGAUAUGAGAACUUGUGCAAGGUUGCAAAGUCAUAUGCCAUACUGUCCUUGGGGUUUACAACGUUCGAAUUGCUAUCGACGGAGGAAGGCGAAAUACGAUCAAACGAGCUGGAAAAGUCGUAUGCUGUCCAUAACUUUAGUUUUACUCUUUCUUGUCAGAGCGAACAUAAAGUCAGUCCCAAUAGUUUAAAAUUCUUGGCUGGGGUUGGCUUUGACUUUCACAAACAAUUGAUGCACGGUAUACCUUACGAACCUGGCCCCGAUAAGGCUUUUCAUUAUAAAAAUCAUCCAAAUUCUAUAAUGAGAUCGAUAUUCUCACAUAUUCUCGAACAAAAAAUACCUCUAGUAGUGCAUAACGGAUUUCUAGAUCUCAUAUUCAUAUAUUAUGCAUUUUAUGCGGAUUUACCAUCAGAUCUCCACUCAUUCAUAGCAGAUCUCACCGAGAUGUUUCCUGCGGGCAUUAUUGAUACGAAGUAUAUAUCGUCCUAUGUGACGGACGAGAAAACAACGUUCUUGGCUUAUUUGUACAGAAAAUACGAGAGAGAGCAAUUCGAGAGAAAGAUGGCUGGUAAGAAAGAAUACUUGGAUAUGAAGCUUCAAGACAGACUAUCGUGUAUACCAGCCAAGCGAUCAAGAAACGAAGAGGAUGAGAUGAACAUGAAAUGUGGUAAAUCGCAUGAUCUUGACUUGAUACUUGAUUAUGAGGCUGAACAGGAAGAUAGACGGAAGCACCACAAAUUUGACUCAACUUUAAAGAUUUCGAUCAAAACAAAAAAGGAUGGUGAUUCUUCGGCUGAUGUAUCCCCAUCGUCAUCAUCGCCCACGCUGGAGACUGAACAUUCAUCAUUACGAUUUUCUGUAGAUAAUGUAAAGAUAAGCGCCAAAGCGAAGACUGUUAAUGACAGGAAUCAUCGUAGAGAAAAUUCAUUAAGCGUCACGCCUAGGACGAAAGAAAAUAUUGAAACAUAUCACGCGGCACACUUUGAUUCGUAUAUGACUGGAUUUGUAUUUGCAAGACAAUUAUUAAUACUUUCGGAAGUAGAAGUGCUAAAUGAACACAAGAACAAACUGUAUCUUAUGAACAAGGAUAGGCCAUUGCUUGUACAGAAGAGCGAAUUCGCUAACACUAGUGAAGGGCAUAGAAUGAAAGUAGAAGAAGCAAAUAGAUCGAAAUAG